AUGGGAUGGGCUCGCCCACGAUCGACCGAUCUGGAGGAAGACAGUGAAGACAGCGCUGUGAUCUAUGAAGCCAACCGCAUCGCCGCCGCCAAAGUGAAACGCGAAGCACGCAAAUCACAGCUGCGCCCAGUAAGCAACACCGACGCACAGCCGCUUUCAACGUGUCCUCGGUGUCAACGGACAUUCCGGGCACGAAUUGGCCUUAUUAGACACCUCCGGAUCAACUGCACCUCUCGGGCCGCACCGACCGUCGUCCCUCCGCUCGCCUCUUCCUCGUCCACUCCGCCGCCAACGGAAUCUGACCACUCUUCCGAACCACCACUUCCUCCUGCCGACAAGGAGGUCAAGUCCGGCGCUACAAGGAUAACUCAAAGACUUCCCUGCGACGCCUGGAAAGACCUCGUCCGGGAUCGACUGGAUUGGAGGAGGACAGUGAAAACAGGAACAGAAAUCUGCAAAGCCAACCGUGUCACUGACGUCAAAGCCAAUCGUGAAGCUGGCAAAUCACAAUUUCUUCCAUCUCGCAACGCCGACGCUCAAUCGUUCUUAUCUUGCCCACGCUGUCAGCGGACGUUCCGGGCGCCAGUCGGUUUUAUUGGACAUCUACAAACUAACUGCGGCACCCUGACGAUACCAGCCGAUAUCUCCCCGUCCGCCUCUGCCUCGCCCCCGCCCGGUCGAUAA